AUGCCCAUCGCUGUACCUGUAUCCCCAUCGAAGCUUGACAAAAUGGACUCUAUACCUAUCACCAAAGUCGCUCAACAGGUCGAAGAGACGAACAAAGUGCUGGGAGCAGGUGGGAAAGAACUGCCCGCGCCGUACAAGUCAACAGGUAAUGAAGCUUUGGAUACACUGGCUUUCCUUCAUUUACUGGAACAGCUGAAAGUGCAGAAACGAUCAGGAUGGAUAAGAGAGGGUGUGAAAGAAGCAGAAAGUAUAUCAGAUCACAUGUGCAGGAUGGCUUUGAUGGCUAUGAUGAUACCGCAAGAUCCCCUUAGACCAUUAGAUAUACCAAGAUGUGUGAUGAUGGCUUUAGUACACGAUCUAGCUGAAGCUCAUGUCGGUGAUAUAACCCCCGUCGAAGGCGUGCCGGCUCAUGUAAAACAUCAGCUGGAGGAAGAAGCGAUGGACUCGUUCUUGAAUGAGAUGCUCGGAGGGGAAGGUAACAAGGAUGCCAGGGAGAGAUUCAGAUCGUUAUGGGAUGAGUACGAAGCUAGGGAAACACCUGAAUCGAAAUUGGUCAAAGAUUUGGACAGGGUAGAACUCGCUUUACAAGCAGUAGAGUACGAGCGAAGCCAGGAUAUUCGAACUCUCUCUCCAUUCUUCGUCGGCUCCAUACCAAAUCUCGAACAUCCCGUUAUACAGAAAUGGGCAGAAACACUCAUGGAAGAACGAAGACAGCUCUGGGCGUCUCGAGGAAGGGAGAAGGAAGAGCAGGAUGGUUUAGGAGGAGCCAAAGUUGGUGAUAAAGUGAAAAAGGUCAAUGGGGUAUAA